AUGGAAGACUUAGACAGAGCAGCCGUAGAGCAGAAAAGUCGCCGUGCAGCCAGGCAGCAUGUCAUGAGGCUGUAUGGCGUGAGCGAGUCUUUUUGCUUCAGCCUGCAAAAAGACUAUCACAGAAAGAAAGUCAGAAACUUUCUCGCCAGCACGGGGCGAGGACAGAGUGCCAGACAGGCAGGCAGCCAUUUGGGUCUCGUGCACCUCGUCAGCAAGUCAACAGGCAGGAGACUGCCUGACCCAGGCAAAGUGCUGGGUAGGCCAGACUUUCUCCAGCCAGUCUGGUCUGAGACCCGUGCUUGGGCCUUGACUGAGGAAGCCAGCCAGCACGUCCUGACGAGCACAGACGUGCUGAUGGACUUCGAAGAGAGGCUCGACAAAGCCAUUGCAGUCAGGCAGGCAGAACAGGAAAAGGGUCUUCUUGACCAGACAGGUGAGAAGGAGCUGGCAGCCAUGGUGCAAAAGAAAGCCUCGCUAGCCAGCAAGCCAAAGCAGAGGAGCAAGUACCAGGUCCAGCUCCUCGCAAAGUGCGGUCUUCGAAACAGAUCCUGCCAACAGACAGCCAACCUGAGCCAGGAGGAAGAGAAAGCCAGGCUAGACUUCUCCUGGCGACUUUGGGACAUGCUUCUGGAACAGGCAGCCAGUCCCACUCCACAGCCGGACUUGCCUGUAGCAAGCCCAGAGCAGUGGGCAAUAAAGCGAGCAGAGACAGCCAUCACCAUGUCAGAUCAAGUACCUGCUUGGCUGAAGCCAACGCCAGGGAAGGUGUUGACACCGGUGGUGCGCUUGAAGCUAGCCAGCGAGCAAAGCAAGAUCAGGUGUGGCAGCAAGGUGGCGAAUCAGCUUGGUAGGCAGCCAGACAGUCAGGAGAGGGCAGGCCAGCGAGUGCCAGGACAGGUCAUGCGCACUUGGCGCAAACUGCGACAGACCCAGCCACACCUGUUUGAUGGCAGUGUCAGGGUGUGGUGCCAGCCAGCAGCAGUGGUAGAUAGCGUGAUUUACAGAUGGCAGCUAGAGCUCGAGUCAGAAGAGCACAGCCAUGCAGUGCAGCUCGUCGAUAUGUUCGGCGGAGCAUGGACGACGGAGUCCAUGCACGCCGCUGCACUCCUGCAGCGAGCUCAGACAGGCAUUGCAGCCGGGUGCACCGGCUUGAGCCAGGUGACAGACAUCGGGUUCGCCCAGCCAGCCAAGGCAGCUCUCCGGAGGUGGCAGGAAGACCUGAAGCAGCGCAUGAGAGAGAAAGCCAGACAGCAAAAGGUGCAUUGCACCUAUAAGACAGGCCCGGCAGACAUUCUGGAGGCAGCUAGACAGAUGCACGCCAGGAUGGUGCAGUUGAAUGAGCUUCAGGACUGUGGCAGCCAGAAAUGGUGUCUGGACUUCCCUGAAGGCAAUGCCAAGCUAGGCAGCGACCACCUCAGAGACAGGUCUCGUUGGGUGGACAAGACAGGCAAGGUGCUUCCGUGGACAGAGGCAGACAGCAAGACAUUUGAUGAAUCCAAGGCAUUCGAACCCGAGGCUACGUACCUGCUUGGCCAGACAGGCAUACACUUGAGCUUCCGAGCGAAGCCCAAUCUCCUUGCUCAGUCAGAAAGAGAGCUCAGAGAGGUCAUUCUGAGACAGGUCCACCCGAACCAGAGGAGACGGCUUUUCCAGGAACAGGUGGACCAGACAACAAGCCAGACAAAGACUGAGAAGCAGCAGAAAAAGGAAAAAAGGCUCAAGAACGCGAAGCAAGACAGAAAAAGGCGCAAACUCUUGAAAGAAUGGAGACAGCAGCAAGCCAACAAGACAAAGAAGCAGGCUCUGCUGUCUGUCGCGAAGAAGGCUCAAAGACGGGCAGCCGAGCCAGGCAGCGAGGGACACUUGCAUGGCAAGCAAGCUCGAGUGAUCGGUGACCUGGCUCCGCAGACGCUGCUGGGCAAGAUCGUGGUGUGUGGAAAGCAGACAGACAGCCAAGUCCUGAUCAAUGCUGAUGGAUUUCAUGAAUGGGUCAGCCACACAGACAUUACGCUGGACGUCAGAGACAGACAGUUUGCGCUGGUUUUGGAUAUUGACUCUUUCCCCAGUGCUGCAGCCAGUGAGGAAGCGGCAGCCAGUGCAAAAGAUUUGCGGCUUUACAAGCGCGCAGAGCUGCUGACAGACAGCCAGCUCCAAGCUGGCAUCAGGGAGAUGUCAUACCGAUUCUCCCAUGGAGCAGAGCCAGCCAGCCUGUGUGUUUUGCAGCCAGCAGAGGCCAAGCAACUAAUCCAGACACAUACACUCAAGGCAGCAGCAAAGACAGCCAUGGACAGCCAGGCUGGUUUGGUCUUGGCAGUCGUGCAGAGCCAGCCUCCGAAACACUGGUCCUUGCUGGUGGUCGAGACAGUCAGAGACAGCCCCGAAGCGAAGGUCAGGUACUAUGACACGUUGCCCGGUGAGGCAGCCUACAAGGAAGUCAGUGCAGUUUUGAAGGUGCUGCUGCAGACAGCCAAGAAACAGGCCCAGCCUUUGCCUGCGCCAGUCAGUCUGCUCAGACAGACAGAGGGCUUCUCCUGCGGCCUCUGGGUCUUGCUGUACCUGGAGCAGGAGCCCCGCAGCCACUGCAGAAAGACCUGCCAGCCAGAAGCAGCCAGCUGA